UCGCCGCGAACGGUUGAAUUGGUAAUUUUCGAGGUUGUCGGAGAAGAAUAAUCGUUCGCAUUGAACGCAUUUAUUUAAAACGCAUUAAAGGUAUUUGUAAGCAAUUUACAGUAUAUAGAGUAAAGCUGCAAUCACAAAUCGCAUUACUGCUGCUUUAGUGCUUUGAACAUAAAUACGAAAUUUGUGAAAUAAUUGCGCCUGUUAAGGGAACCAAAGUUUUUCGCAAGUUAAAAAACCGCAGGCGUGGAAAACGCGUUUGUAAACAUACAUUUUAUUUACGGAAGCUCAUUUUGUUCAACACGUAUUUUGCGUUGCCGAAUGCUAUCGCCGUAGAAAAAAUAAAUAUUUUUUGAACUAUAGUACACGAGAUCGAGCAGCAUUUUUACUAAAACACGCACAUAUCUGACCGUCCAUCGUUUCGUGAUAAAUUUGUAAAUAUCGGUAAAGAGCAAAGUGAAAAAUCAACUACAACACAUCUAAACAAACGCAAGAAAAGCCAACAAAAUGACCUCGACUCCACCAAAAACGGGUGAAGACUUGCUCGGUGAAUCUUGGAUUGAGCUGAGCAGCGCUGCUACAAUGGCUGGCGUCAAGAGUCCGGAUAGAAUCACACCAUUGCCCUUCACAAGUGGUGAAGAGUAUUUACGUUUGUUGCGCGAAGCGCAACGCGAAUCAAAUCACUCCAGUCGUGUUGUCUCGCUGGCCAGUUCGCGCCGUGAUACACCCAGGGAUAGCCCCAAAUCGCCACCAAACAGUCCGAAUACCGAGCUCACACCCAAUGAAGAUCUCAAGAAUGUUUACAUUAAUUAUUGGAAUAAGGAGGGCGAUAGUCACAAAGACACUGACUGGCUGGAUGAAUGGAAUAGCCGACCGGAUCAAGAACCACCAAAAGAUUGGAAAUUUGAACACCCACAAAAGAAGAAGGGUGCGGGUUAUUCCAUUCGUUUGACGCGUCUUGGCAAGAAUUCGCUAUUUUCCAGAGAAAUACUAUACUCGCUCAUUUUGUCGAAUGUGCUGUCCUUGUUAUUAGGCGCUGGACUAGGCUUAUGGCUCAGCAAACGUGGCAUUCUCUUGACCCGAGUUGUCAUUGACUGAACGGAAUGUGAAAGAAAAGUGAUUUAUAUACAUAUAUAUAUUAUUUUUAAUAUUAUUAUUUUAAACAUAGCGGAAAGCAACAGCAAAACAAUGAGCGAAAGUUGUAAAAUAAAACAACGUUUUAAUAUUUGAAAUAGAAAAACAGUAAAACAAAAUCGAAAGUUAUCAUAAAUAUGUAAGAGCGAGCGCAGAUGAAACAGUUGUAAAAAUAUUUUCAUACCACAAAAGAAGUAGCAGUGAGAAUAUUUAUAGCGAAGAUUAAAAGUAAAACAGCAACAACAAAUAACAUGCAAUUAAGGAAGAAAAGAAUUUUUUUAAAUAAAGCGAUGACAUUUUUAUGCGCAUAUUAAAUGCAUAAAAUCAUAUGUAUGUAUAUGUAUGUAUUUCUGUAUGAAUAUAAUUACUUAUGUGCAUUGCGAUAUAUGGAAAGCUUGCGAUAGCAGCUAUAGAGCAUUCGAUAAUCAGCAAAUAUAAAAUCGUUGCCGGCGUUGAGAGACCAAUGUAACAAAACAAAUUAGUAAGAUAAUUAUAUACAUAUGUACAUACACUACAUAUAAAUAAAUUAAAACAAAAAAAAACAUACAUAUAUACAAGCAACUAGCGUUGUGUGAUUUGAUUGAGUUCAUUUCAUUGGCCGUACGGGAUCUGAUCAGUAAGUGGAUUUGAAAGUAUGCUGCAGUUGCAAGUUAUGGGGAGAGUAUUUGACUAAUCACACAAACGCAAAGCAACAAUUUAUACAUAGUAAUAGAGAAAUAAAAGCAAAAAUAAAAACAAUUCGAUUACCAUACAUAUAAAUGUACAUGGAAAACUUGCUGAUUGAAACGUGCAACACAAGCGUGGGCUCAGGUCUUUUUAUUAUUAUUACUUGUAUUAUUAUAUAACCCCAAUUUUUCGAUACUAAAAUGCGAUUCAAUGUUCUUACAAAAAUGCUUUGUAUUUGAUCUUUUUACAAUUUUUAUUAAACAAAAAAUAUCUAAACUAUUUUAAUAUUUUUACAGAAAAAUAAAAUAAAAAAAUGAAGCGAGUAAGAAAGGAAAGGCAGUAGCAUAUAGUAUUUGGCGUGUUUUACUAGUAAAAAUGAAAAAAAAAGAAAAUGA